AUAUAAAUUAAUUUGUGAAUUGUGCAGGUUGCGUACAGUGUAUUAAAGUUAAUCAUCUUCUGCUCAAGUAUGGCAUCAAUGAAGAUUACUUCAAAGGAGGUGUUCGCAGGACUCCCACAAACAGAACGUGCUGUUGCAUAUGUCUUAGGGGCGGACCCAAAAGGAAAGAAUUUUUUAUAUUGCUGUGGAAACUGUGUUAUCGUUCGUGAUAUUGAGAAUCCAAAGAGCAUUGAUCUAUUUUCUGGCCAUCAAAAACCACCAUCAGUUGCCAAAUAUGCAAACACUGGUUAUUAUAUUUGUUCUGGUGAUGCAAGCGGUUGGAUUAAAAUCUGGGACACCACACAAAAAGAACACCUUGUAAAAUAUGAGUAUCAGGUCCUUGCUGGUAAGGUCAAGGACAUAUCAUGGGAUGCUGAUAGCAAACGUAUAGCAGUGUGUGGAGAGGGUAGAGAAAAGUAUGCUCAUGCUUUACUGUGGGAUUCUGGAUCAAGUGUUGGAAACUUAAACGGGAUUGGUAAAUCAGCCAACUCUGUUCAUAUUAAACCAACACGUCCGUACAAGUGUGCUGUGGCUUCUGAAGAUUAUUCAACUUACUUUUAUUCUGGACCACCAUUCAAGGAUGCCAAAGUUGUGGAGGGCGGUCAAAGGUUUGCAAACUGUGUUCGAUUUUCACCUGACGGGAAAUAUUUUGCUGUCUGCAGCUCUGAUGGGGAUAUUUAUCUUUACGAUGGCAAAACUGGGGACUUGCUCCAGAAGCUCGGAGAAGGCUCAUCAGACAAGCAUAAAGGUGGGGUUUACAGUUUAUGUUUCAACGCAACAGGUACAGAACUGUUAUCGGCAUCUGCUGAUAAAACUGCCAAGAUUUGGGACGUUGAAUCACGUCAAGUUAUUACGCCCUUUAAUAUGGGAACAAGUGUUGAUGAUCACAAAUUAUAUUUACUCAAUUUCAAUGUAGUCUCAAUGCUCUAUGAUGCAGAUAGUAACAAGCUGAUCACUGUUGGCUUGGACAACAAUGUGAGGUUUGCAGAUUGCGACACAGCUGAAUAUAAUAAUGAUACCAUUCCUCUUGAAUCGGAACCGACAGCCAUCCGUAAAACAAAAGAUGGCAAGCUUGUUGUUAGUUGUCAGAAAGAAUUGGUGUUAAUUAAAGAUGGAAAUAAAGUGUCUUCACUCCCAUGGAAGGUACAACACCCUUCUAAGAUAAACACAUUUGGUUCUACUAUCAUUGCAAAAGGCAAAGAAACCAUUACUAGCAAGGCGGUAAACACAUUUCAACUUUACAAUAUUGAGGGCAAUUCCAUCACUGAAAGCCCUGAAGUUUACAAGAUAAUGAAUGAAGUUUCUGCCAUAGCUGUUUCACCUGAUGAAACACUUGUUGCAAUUGCUGAUGUAAACCAACUACCGAUUUAUGAAGUGACAACGGGAUUUAAUGAACCAGCCAAGCAGUUUUCUGGCCACUCCAACAAAGUGGCGGCAAUUGCGUGGUCACCAGAUAGUCAGCGCUUGUGUUCCGUAUCUGUUGAUUGUUCAAUUAUGGUGUGGGAUUAUGCUACUGGUGAGAAGCGAACAGUUCAAAGGGCUCAUCCAAAGAGUGUAAUAAAUGAUGUGGCAUGGUUGGAUAAUCAUACUGUUGUAACUGUUGCCCAAGAUUGCUCAGUGAGGCAGUGGACUGUAUCAUUUUAACUUUACAAUUUAUAUUCAAUAUUAACAUGGAAUGAUAUACUUUGUGGAAACACAGUAUGAUACAAUGCCUGCUUUCAAUACAACCAUGUUAUAUAUACCAUAUGUAGAAUGUACUUUACUCAGUUCAUAGUAUUUAAGAAACAUGCCUUUAAUAAUUAAAAUUAAAUUUGCAAGCACUUGUACAGCGCAUGUUUAAUCAUUUAUCAAAUAUAUUUUAUAUGUCCGGAUUUAAACAAUAUACUUGUAUUGCUUGUGUAAAAUUUAAACAGAAAUUGUUUUAUUUUGGUUGUAAUUUUAAUGAAUGUAAAUGCUGCUUUUGAUUAAUGGAAAAUAAAUCUUGAGGUAGAAUUGUA